UACGCUGCUCCAACGAUGAAGAAAGUCGAUUAGAAUCUCAAAGGAAGAAACUCUUCUAAUGCUUCGGGCGUAUCGUACGCAUCCAACAAGAUGGAAUGACGUCAUUGAUGACAUCAAACAAAACAUUGACCGGCUUCCACAACCAGUUAGAGAAUUUUACAACUCUGCAACUAUCAAACAGCUAAAAGAUCGGUUGUCGGUAAAACUUGCAAAACUGAUGUCAACAAGAAAUAUUGAAGAUCAAGAUCUAAGAGGCGAGGUUGAGAGUAUUCGUGAAAACGAAAGACGUCUGGUGCGUAAUGCACCUCGGGCCGGCGAGCCUAUGCAACAAAAUGGACGACAACAAGCCCCAGCAGCUGACCAAGAAAACAACGCAGAUCACGGAGAUCGUGACCGUCAAGUAGAUGGCGACCAGGCUGCUCCGGCUGGGAGAGCAGAGCGUCGGGAUGCGGCUGCUGCAGCUCUCUCUGACAAUCAUUCUGAAGGCGAUGAGCCAGAGCCCCCAAGGCGUCGCCUUGCUGAGCUAAUUAUGUGUCUAGCACCUGUGCAAUCAACAAAGAGAGAGACAUUAGAGAGAACAGUAGAAGACAUAUUGUUCAGACAUAUCAUCGAAUUCAGCACAAUUUGCUGGGCUACAUUGGUUGGCGAAAUUGAUCAAACAACAGAUGCGAUAGGAAGUGUCUAG